AGAAGUGCCACCAAACACCGCAGACGUCGCACCCCACCCCACCCCACGUCGCGGCUCCGCGGUCGCAAUUCACCGCGACGCCACCACUGCCACCAUAGCAAUGGCCGCCGGCGCCACCAGCGAUAGCUCCACCGCUCCGGCGCCCCACGUGCUAGUCAUCCCGUACCCGACGCAGGGCCACACGAUCCCACUGCUCGACCUGGCCGGCCUCCUCGCGGCCCGCGGGCUCCGCCUCACCGUCGUCGCCACGCCCGGCACCGCCCCGCUCCUCGCGCCCCUCCUGGCCGCGCACCCGGGCGGCGCCGUCCGCGCGCUCACCCUCCCCUUCCCCUACCACCCGGCCUUCCCCGCCGGCGUCGAGAGCGCCAAGGGGUGCCCGCCCGUGCUCUUCGGCGCGCUCAUCGUCGCCUUCGCGGGGCUCCGCGGCCCGCUCGGCUCCUGGGUGCGCGCCCGCUCGGGCACCCCGGACCGCGUCGUCGCCAUACUCUCCGACUUCUUCUGCGGGUGGACGCAGCCGCUCGCCGCCGAGCUCGGCCUCCCUCGCGUCGCGUUCUCGUCGUCUGCCGUGUACGCCACCGCCGUGCUCCACUCGCUCCUGCGCCGGCUGCCCCGGCGCGAGGACGAGAGCGACGACGAGUGCCCGAUCGCCUUCCCGGAUCUCCCGGGCGCCCCGGUGUACCCGUGGCGGCAGCUCAGCUUGCUCUACCGGACGUACAAGGAGGGCGACGAGGUUACAGAGGGGGUCAGGAGGAACUUCCUCUGGAACUUGGAUUGCUCGGCGUUCGUGUCGAACACGUUCCGGCGGCUCGAGGGGCGGUACCUGGAGGCGCGUCUCGCGGACCUGGCCUUCCGGCGCGUGCGCGCGGUGGGGCCGCUGGCACCGGAGGCCGACGCCGCGGGCAACCGCGGCGGCGAGACGGCGGUGGCCGCGGCCGACCUGUGCGCCUGGCUCGACAAGUUCGAGGACAAGUCCGUCGUGUACAUCAGCUUCGGGAGCAUGGCGGUGCUGCAGCCGGCUCACGCGGCGGCCCUGGCCACCGCCCUGGAGAAGACAGGCGCGGCGUUCGUGUGGACGGUCGGGCCGGCGGUGACGCUCCCGGACGGGUUCGAGGAGCGCGCGGCGGCGGGCGGCAGGGGCAUGGUGAUCCGCGGGUGGGCGCCGCAGGUGGCCGCGCUGCGGCACCGGGCGGUGGGCUGGUUCGUGACGCACUGCGGCUGGAACUCGGUGCUGGAGUCCGCGGCGGCCGGGGUGACCAUCCUGGCGUGGCCGAUGACGUCCGACCAGUUUGUGAACGCGCGGCUUCUCGUGGACGAGCUGCGCUCCGCCGUGCCCUUCUGCUGGGGCGGCGUCGCCACGGCGCCGAGCGCCGACGAGCUGGUGCGCGUGCUCGAGUCGACCGUCGUGGGGAAGGGGCCGGAGUGGGUCGACGUGGCCGCGCGGGCCAAGGAGCUUGCCGAGGAGGCGGCGGCCGCGGUGCGCGAAGGCGGCAGCUCGUGGCGGGAGGUGGAGGAGCUGGCGCGGGAGCUUCGCGAGCUCGGAGCCUGACUGAAGAUAUACGGAGGAUCCAUGAAACAGUUCGUGCAGAACUUACGAACGGCGAUUUUACAAUUUCGGUUUCAUUUCGACAUAGAAAUCACCGGUGUCUGCUGUAAAAUGUACAGAAAGCUCAGUUACCAUACAUCAUUUCGACCACUUGUACAAUACCGCUGUAAAAUGUACAGGAAGUUCACUUGUUCUUUGCAUUCCGACCAGCCAGAUAUAUUAUCAAAAAUGUCGUCAGUUUUGCUUUU